CCGCGUGCCCGCCCGCCCGCUCGCUCGGCGCUGCCGGGGCCGCUGCGGAGCCUCCGCGAGGGAGCCGGGGGAGUCGCUGCUGCUGCUGCCUGGGGGAGCUCGGGGUUCCCCGGGCGCUCGGCGGAAAGCCGAGGCCAGGCAUGGGCCUAAUCUUCGCCAAGCUUUGGAGCCUCUUCGGUAGCCAAGAGCAUAAAGUAAUCAUAGUGGGACUUGAUAAUGCUGGAAAGACUACUAUUCUUUACCAGUUCUUAAUGAAUGAAGUGGUUCAUACUUCUCCAACCAUAGGAAGCAAUGUAGAAGAAAUAGUGGUGAAAAACACUCAUUUCUUGAUGUGGGAUAUUGGAGGACAAGAAUCAUUACGGUCAUCGUGGAAUACCUAUUAUUCAAACACAGAGUUCAUCAUUCUGGUUGUUGACAGCAUUGAUAGAGAGCGACUUUCUAUUACAAAAGAAGAACUUUAUAGAAUGCUGGCUCAUGAGGAUUUACGGAAGGCUGCGGUUCUCAUCUUUGCAAACAAGCAGGACAUGAAAGGCUGCAUGACAGCUGCUGAGAUAUCGGCGUACCUCACCCUCAGCUCCAUAAAGGAUCACCCGUGGCACAUUCAGUCCUGCUGUGCUUUGACAGGAGAGGGAUUAUGUCAAGGCUUGGAGUGGAUGACUUCCCGUAUUGGAGUGGCAAAGAGGUUCAGGAUCCCCAAGGCAGGGAUUCUUUCCAGCUCUUUAAACACACUGCAGUCAGUAAGAGUCUGCCUUGUGAAAGGGCCCAGAAGGCAACAGUGAGGAGAGCGGGAUGAGACAAACCUGGCCACGAUGCCAAUGCUAGCAGAACAACCUUCAACUUCUACUAAAAUUACCUUGAUGAUCUUUCAACAUUGAGUGGUUCUGUUUUGCUUCUUAGGGGAUAGUGCACUAGUAAAGCUGCAUGCUAUCCACACUGUGUGAGCCCGCCCUGCAGGUGGGAGAGGCAGCUUUAUCCUAGGUUUGUUUCUUGCUUGGUGUGCUCUCUUCAGUUCAGUUGACUUGUUUUGCUGGGUAGAGAUAUGCAUCUCAUAUAGAAAGUUUUCCUGGAUGUAAGUGAAGACAUCGUUCCAGUUGCACACUAGUUUGUGUCCCCUAGAUGGCAGGAAAGGAUCAGUUUAACAGUGCCUUACCUGCUUUAGCUUGUGUUCUUCAGCAUCCAUCUGAAAGACUUCUGAAAUGUCUCGAUAAAUGAAGAGGCUGUGUACCACUACCUGAACUGUGGGCAUCAUGCUCAGAUGAAAUGGAAACAGCAUAAGGGACAGGAAGCUUGAAUCACAUCUUUGGUAGGAAGAAGGCUUACAGUGAGGUUUUAAAAAAUUUGAAACUGUUCUAUACCUUAAAGGCAUUUUGUGCUAAUUAUGGUUAGAAUUAUAUUACAAAACUUCUAUUG